CUACUAAUGCGCAAUUGGUACUGCGGUAGGAAACCACUGCUGUCGUAUACACACAGUUGCUUCCUCAUGCUAUAUGAUGAGUGUAAUCGUUGUUAGUUUUCAUAUACGUAUUUAUGUAUGAUACAUUCACCGGUGAUUUUAUAAACUGCUCGUAUUUUCACGAAUUUGUCAGAAUUAAUGUUUAUAUUUAAAUAAUAAAUCAUCAAUUUCUUCAAUUGUUGGAUUUAAAAAACUAAGUUUGAGUAUUGAACGUUUGAGUAUAUACAAUACUUUCAGGAUAUCCACGAAAAAGUGAAAAAAGGAAAUUGAAAAAAAAAACAAUAAGACGAAUUACCACCUUAUGGAUAAUAAUAUGUCUACUGCAGCUUUUAUACAUAGAUCUGGCGGCAGUGGUGACGGUUCAUCCAGUAUUUCAAGCACUGGAUCGUCAGGUGGUACGUCAAGUAUUGGUCCAGGUAGUACAGCAAUAGCAGGAAGCGGAGGAGGUGCUAGAAUGGCAGUGAUUGGAGUUACCAGAAAUAUUCGUCUAAGACGUCGUGGGGCGUCAGGAUUUGGUUUUUCUCUCCGUGGAGGUCGUGAAUAUGCAGCAGGAUUUUAUGUCAGUGAUGUUCAACCUGGUGGGGAAGCAUAUAGGAAUGGCCUUAGGGUCGGUGAUCAAAUUAUAAGGAUAAAUGGUUAUCCUGUGGAAGAUGCCGUGCAUCAGGAAGUUGCCCUUUUAGCAAAAAAUCAACAAGUUCUUGUAUUGAAAAUAAAAAGUGUUGGAAUGAUACCAGUAAAAGAUAACCCAAAUGAUCCAGUUACGUGGCAUAUGGUUCAACAGCAACAACAUCAACAACAACAACAGUUGCCAUAUCAAUGCAAUGAUUUGCCCGAAGCUAUACCAUAUAAUGAAAUUCGUAUUCGUGUGAUGGUAGGUGAAAGAGGAAGAUUAGGUUGUGGAGUUUGUAAAGGAACGGUACCAGGUUUAACAGUACAGGGAACCCGAGAAGGAGGACCAGCAAGAUUGGCAGGACUAAAAGCUGGUGAUAUAAUAAUUUGGUGUAAUGGUCAACGACUGGGCGAUUUACCAUUUGAGCGGGCUAUCGAAAUAAUGCGUAGUGCAGCGAUAUUAAAUUUAAUUGUAAAUAGACCAAUUCCACAAAAUAAUGGACAUUAUGAUUGUCCGGAAACUUUAUGGAUGCGUGGAUCAAGUGGGUAUGAUUCAGAGUCUUCUAGUUUACCACAAUCACCAUUGCCGCCACCACCAUUACCACCCCAUCAUCAUAUGAAUUAUCCGGCUAGGGACUAUUUUCAAGAUGAUUUUUGCAGUAAAAAUGAUGAAAGAUUAAAAACAGUUGAUUGUUCUAAACCGUUACAAUGGGAUAAUCAUCAUAUAAAUAAUAAUAAUCGUCGUCUUCAGAAUGAAAUGAAUGUUACAACAACAGAUCGUUGGAUAACACACCAUGGGCCAAAUAAUAAAACCGUAAUUCAAGUAAAUCAUCAUGUGAAUCAGUAUCGUUCAAAUAUUAUAGACAGUAAUAAUGAUAAUACGAAUGAUAAAUAUUCUCUACAUCAUAAUUCAGAACCACUUUAUGAUCCUGUAGCAACAUGUUGUUAUGAAAGUCAUGAUUUUGAUGAUGCUAAUCCAGUUGAAGAUGAAAAAAUGAAUAAACGAUCAUUAAAAGACAAUGUUAUUCGAUUUUACGGUUCACCUGCAGCUGCUAUUAAUGGAGACGAUUAUAUUUCUAAAAAUAACGUUGAAAUUAAUGACCAAGCUUCUGUUAAGGUUUAUCAUCCAAAUUUUGGAUCCCCACCACUAUCAUCAUCAUCAUCAUUGUCAUCAUCAUCAUCAUUAUCAUGCCCUCCACCACCACCACCACCGCCACCGCCAUUAUCAUUACCAUCAUCAUCAUCACCGCAAUCGAUAUCAACAAUUAAAUGGCAAUUAGAAUCCAAAGCAACAAUAAAUAGUAAAAUGGGUAGCAUGAUUUCAAUGGGUAGUACGGGUUCAACAGAAACAGAAUCAAGUGUGGAAUCAGUUAGUAGUAGUGGCAAUAAAGAAUCCACGUUAUCGUCAUCAUCAGUAAUAACAUCAGCAUCAUUAUGCGGCUCAAAAUCAUCAGAAUUAAUGUCAACAACUAAUAAUCAUUCUAUGACAUCUACUGGAAAAUCUACAGUAACAACAACUACAGUUGAUCUUGGUUCUGCUAUUGCAAAGGAAUUGCAACGACGUGUUCAACAAAGAAAUAUAUCACAACAGCAACAUCCACAAAUGACAAAGGAGAAAUUUGUAUGCAAAAAAUCAGAUAACAAUGAUAAAGUAGUGGCUGCUCAUGAUAAGUUAAUAGAGGAGUUUAAACAAGUUCACCGGAAAAUGUUCAAUCAGCAAAGAUGUGAAUGCUCUGAAGUGACAUCAAAUGAAUCACAAGAACAAGAUAAACGAGUAUCUAUCAGUAAUAUAGAUAAAACAAUGGCGGUCGGAUUACAAGAAUCCGAUGGCAAUUUAACGAUGAAAAAAAAAAGCCAAUUAAAUACACACGACGUAAGAGAGAAAACAGAAGAUGAAACUGUAGCAACGAAUGUAGCUUCUGGAAAAAUAGCUGUAAAAAUUGGAGCCUACGAGGGAGAAGUAAAACAACCUUCAAGAUUUGAUUUUCUUACGAAUAAUCGUAAAAACGAUGAAACUGAUAACAAUGAUAGACCAGUAACAUUGAAAUUGCAAAAUGAACUUUUGGCAACUCUUGAACGAUCGAAUUUAAAAAAUAAAACUGGAGAGGGUAUUGGCACAUCUAAUGAAACCAAUUUACCAUCAUCAGAUGCAGUAUUAAUCAAUAGAUUAACGAUAAAAGUAGAUCCAGAACGUACUGAAGCUCAAUAAACUCUAAAAAAAAAAGAGUAAAAUAUAGUAACAGUGAAAAAUUGCACAAAAGUUGAUAUAGAUACGUAUAAUAUAAUAUUUAUUAAAAGAAAAUAACGAAUUGUGUCGUAAGCUUUAUACAAAUAAACAGUAAAGUAAUAAAAUGUAUGUGUGUAAAAUAUAUUUCACCUUAAUGAAGUAUUACUAUUAUUGGAACAUAUUACAAUGACAAAUUUUAGAAUUAAAAAAAAAAAAUUGGCCAUAAAAUAACAGAAGAUAAUGAAGCUUUAACUGAUUUUUAUAAUUAUUUUUUUUAUUAUAUUGUGUUUAUAAGUAAAAUUGAGGCAUGAAAAUACAACUGUGA